AACCUCCCUCUCUCCCGUAGACAUCACCAUCUCUCCUCCCCCUCUCUCCGCCAGCAAGGGAAAUUCAAAUGUUCGAACAACAGGAUUCACCGUCGCAGGUCUUCAUCCUAUCGGGCCAGAGCAACAUGGCCGGCCGCGGCGGCGUAAUCGCCAACCACCAAAAAAAGAUCUGGGACGGGAUCGUGCCGCCGGAGUGCGAAUCUCACCCUGCAAUCCUCCGCCUCUCAGCCGAUCUCCGCUGGGAGACGGCGACAGUCCCUCUCCACGCCGACAUCGACGCGGGGAAAGCGUGCGGGUGGGCCCCGGCAUGUCGUUCGCGAAUUCCAUGAGGGAUCGGUUGUGCGGCAGCGGUAGCGGUGCGAUUGGGUUGGUUCCGUGCGCCGUGGGAGGGACGACGAUCUGAUUUUUUGUUUUAGUCUCUACUGGUACCAAUACCACUGGUAGCGCUAUUGGUACGCUACCACUACUCACUGGUACCAAUACCAGUGGCUCCCCUAUCAUCUGGUACCACUAUCAUCUGUUUGUUUUUUUUUUGUUAUUCUCUACUGGUACCGCUACCAAUGCUAGUAGCGUUGUGUUAUUCUCUAUUGGUACCGCUACCAAUAUGGUAGUGGUACCGUUGUAUUGGUAGCGUACCACUAGUACUGGUACAUUUUUUACUGGUACCGCUAGUACUGGUACAUUUUUUAAUGUACUGGUAGCGUACCACUAGCACUGGUAUAUUAAUUACCAGUAGACUAAUAGAUGGGUACACUUUUU